GCGGCCUCCGCCGCUUCUCUUAAAACACGCGAGCCUCAGCUUGGCUUUCUGGGGCGAGCGGAGGCGGAGUCUCUUUGGCUGACUUUCUGGGGGCAUGUUCUCCGCUACCCUCCUGAAGUUCCUGAGGCCGAAGCCGCUGCGUUUUUGCAGCCCGCUUUGGGGGAUCAGUAAAGUGCAUAGUGUUCAUUUCCCUGUGCUGCAAUUACACACAACUAAUUCUACCAUGCAAUUCAGUCAGGAAGAUUUUGAGAAGGCCAAAGAAAAAGUGAACCUUUUGCAGGAUGAGCCAAGCGAUGACAUCAAGUUGAAGCUUUAUGCAUUGUAUAAACAGGCUACUGUGGGCUCAUGUAAUAUUCCAAAACCAAGUAUGUUGGAUUUUGUCAACAAAGCCAAAUGGGAUGCUUGGAACUCACUUGGAAGUAUGACACAGGACAAUGCCAGACAGAGCUACAUUGAACUAGUAUCGAGUUUGGUUCCUGCAGAAACUUCUCCAGUUAAUGAAAUUCCCCCUGGUAGCAAAUCCAUCUAUGAGUCACUUGAGGUUACUACUAAAGACAACAUCACAAAGAUCAUGUUAAACCGGCCAAAGAGGAAAAAUGCUAUCAGUAUCAAGAUGUACAAUGAAAUUAUGAAAGCGCUUGAGGAAGCCACAAAAGAUGAUUCUGCUAUAACAGUUCUUACAGGCAAUGGGGACUAUUACUGUAGUGGAAAUGACCUGAACAACUUUACCCAGGUUUCACCUGGUGGAAUGGAAGAGUCUGCAAGGAAUAGUGCAGAGAUGCUCAAAAAGUUUGUUCAACAUUUUAUUGAUUUUCCAAAGCCAUUAAUUGCUGUGGUAAAUGGGCCAGCUGUUGGGAUCUCUGUAACUCUGCUUGGGCUGUUUGACAUCGUAUAUGCUACGGACCAGGCUACCUUUCAUACUCCUUUUAGCAACCUGGGUCAAAGUCCAGAAGGAUGUUCUUCAUACACAUUUCCCAAAAUUAUGGGGUUAACUAAGGCCACUGAAAUGCUGCUUUUCAACAAGAAGCUAACUGCCGCAGAAGCCUGUUCGCAGGGGCUUGUGACUGAGGUUUUUCCUGACAGCACAUUCCAAAAAGAAGUGUGGGCAAGGCUGAAGGCUUAUGCCAAUCUUCCUAAAAAGACUUUGGCAGUCUCCAAGCAGCUAAUACGAAACAUGGAAAAAGAAAAGCUAUACGAAGUUAAUUCUCAGGAAUGUGAAUGUCUCAUGGAAAGAUGGCUAUCUGAGGAAUGCAUGAAUGCCAUAAUGAGCUUCAUGCAGAAGAAAUCAAAGCUCUAGUCUCUAGCCAAUCAUGCAAAAUAAAUUGCUUAAAAGCUGAAGAUGAUGUAAGAAGAAAAGGUGUGAACAAGGUUGUGAUUGGCUAAGAACAAGUAUGGAUGCAUGAUCAAGACUGAGAUCACAUGCAGAAAAGAAGGAAGGAAGGACUCUUUCUAUAUGCAGUAUUUUCCUGGUGAAAAAUCUCACUUAUCCUGUUAUUGUUUGCCUUACUCAUAUUAAUGCCUUAACUCAAGUUUCUGGAAGAUAGUGCUGCUUGGAACAAGAGGCAGCUCAACCUAACAGGCCAUAUUAUUGCUGAUAGACCCACCAAGUUAGUAGUAAGGUAAGCAUUAAAGGGACGACUACCAGGCAUGUUUCUUCCUGGAGUGCACAGCCUUUCUUCCCCCAAAACCUACAAAGUAUUGUUAUGAGCCGCAGGAAAUGACUUGGAGAGCUGAGUCUUUGAGAUUCCAAGACAGAUUGGUUCUGUGGGAAGGAUGGAGACUAUUGGACAACUUCCUUUUUUAAUAGCUAGCAUAAUUGCAAAGUUCUGACAUACAAAUCUGUUAUACUAACUACUUGGGGAGGGGAAUGAUUAUAUAUUUAAUAAGAGUCUUUUAUUAAAAUGGCCCAUUAAAAUAAACAAUGGUAUGUGACUGUUUUUGUUUUUGACCUGUUUGUUUUAGUAAUGUUAUUAUCCAAAAUAUUCAUCCAUUCCACAUUCCUACUACUAUUGUCAUCAUACCAAUUCCCCAACCUAUUCAUCCUGCAAAGAAAUGAAAUUAUUUUUUUAGUUUUAUCCAUUAACCACUUGUUCAUCUUUCUUAGAUUAGACCUUGAUGUUAAUAUAGGCAUAUCUUCUCAAGAUACCAUCAGUCACUAUACUACUAUAUUAACUGUGAACUUAGGAAGGAUUUGAAACAUCUAUAUCACUCAUUUGGUCCAUAUGGUUUUAAAACUGUUAAUGUGGUUGUAGUUCUCUUACAUAUGUACAACUGUUAAUUCAUAGAUUCACAUGUUUUUAUGUACUCUGAAUGCAAACGUUGGAGAGCAAACUAUUCUGAGGACAUUAAAUUCUAUAUUGAGCUAA